CUGUAGUUCAGUUCCGGGACACCUCAGAACCUGCACGGUGACUUCUACUCUCAUGUCCCCGGUUCUUCCCCCGCGUCUCCUCGGUCCUCAGCCCCGCCGCUCCGAGCACUCUAUCCCGGACUAAAACAGAAAGCUCUCCCCCGGUGCUCGCUGCUCCGGCUGGGUCUGAACCGUGAACCGGGGCUAGCUGGGAGGCUAGCGGGGUGUUAGCAGCGCAGGCGGCCGGGAGCAGGCUCGGUCCGCUCGGACAGUUGGAGCGAAGGUAUGGGAGGAGGGAGCCACAACACGGAGGUGGAGGAGAAGACAGCGACCCGGGCCCAGAGUGAUGUGAACAAACGGCUGAAGUACGUGAGCCUGGUGGUGCUCGUGUUCCAGAACGCGUCGCUCAUCCUCAGCAUCCGGUAUGUCCGCACGCUGCCGGGGGAGCGCUUCUUCACCACGUCCGCCGUGGUCAUGGCGGAGCUCCUGAAGGUCCUGACGUGUCUGCUCAUCAUCCUGCUGCAGAAGAGACUGAACGUGAAGGAGACGGUGUUGUUCCUGCUGGACGCCAUCGUGUUCCAGUACAAGGACACUCUGAAGCUGUCCGUCCCUUCACUCAUCUACACGCUGCAGAACAACCUGCAGUACGUCGCCAUCUCCAACCUGCCCGCCGCCUCCUUCCAGGUGACGUAUCAGCUGAAGAUCCUCACCACAGCUCUGUUCAGUGUGAUGAUGCUCAGAAAGUCUCUGUCCAAAGUCCAGUGGGUUUCUCUGCUGCUGCUGUUCGCUGGAGUCGCCAUCGUACAGGUGCAGCAGCAGGAGGGGAACAAGGAGGCGUCGGACAGCUCCAACCAGAACUACAUGGUGGGUCUGAUCGCCGUCGUGAUCAGCUGCCUGUCCUCGGGCUUCGCUGGUGUUUACUUUGAGAAGAUCCUGAAGGGGACCUCCGCCUCCGUCUGGGUGAGGAACGUGCAGCUGGGGAUCUUCGGCAUGGCGCUCGGCAUGCUGGGACUGUGGUGGAACGACGGCCCCGCUGUAGCCGAGCGCGGCUUCAUGUUCGGCUACACCGACAUGGUGUGGUGCGUCAUCUUCAACCAGGCGUUCGGCGGGCUGCUGGUGGCCGUGGUGGUGAAGUACGCCGACAACAUCCUCAAGGGCUUCGCCACGUCCUUCUCCAUCAUCGUGUCCACGGUGAUGUCCAUCUACCUUUUCAGUUUCCACGUGGACAUGCUCUUCACAGUGGGGGCGGGGCUUGUCAUCGGGGCCGUCUACAUGUACAGCCUCCCCAAAGCGCCCGGCGGCGGCCCCUCGUUCCCGAGCUCCGCGCUGUCGCCAUCGUCGGUGCUGCCGAAAAAAGGGGGAGACGAUGAGUUGGAGGCGUUUCUGCCAAAGUUUGCAGGUAAGGAGAAAGGAUCCUGAGAGGACGAGUGGAUCUGAGAGACGUCUGAUGGACAUUUGGACAAAAAGCUGCUGAGCUCCCAGAAUGCCUGAAAAUCUAAACCUGGACUAUACAUUGUUAUUUAAAUGUUCUUAUUAGGGCCCGAGCACCGAACGAUGGGAGGCACUAUUGAAAUUGUAAGUGUUAUUCUGAGCGUAGUAAAUUGGCUUUUUGAGGGCUUCAACGUGCUCAAAAAGUUUCUAAAGUUUGCAGGAAAUUUGAAAUUGGUGAAAAUGUACGUAUUCUGGAGUUUUUGGAAAUGGGUGUGGCAAAAUAGCUCAACAGCGCCCUCUACGGGAAAGCCCCUCAUUUAGGAUUCACCGAUCCUCACAAAAAUGAGGACAGUUGUGUACAAUCUCAAUGUGGUGUCAAAAUUUGAUUACACUCCAUCAAAACAUGAGCUUCUAUAUCUCAGACAUAUUUGGUCCAAUCAAGUCCAUACUAGAAAUGCAAGACCAGGGGCCGUUAGUGCUACAACGUAACCCUAGUUUACUUUAUCUUUGUUUUUAUUCGUUAUAUAUAAGGUAACACGCUUCAUUUCAAAAAAGUUGUUUAGCAUUUCAUAUAUUUAUUAUUGAAAGAUUAAAGUGCCUCAUUUAAAGGGAAAUUCUGACCUCACAGGUUUUAUUCUGAAAGUUUUACAGUAUUUUAAAAAAAGCUUAUAUAUGAUAAUUGUUUAUUUUCUGUUAAAAUACUUUUUUAAAUCCUCAACAGGUUGUGAAUGUGUUUCACCUCUGUGCCUUAAAAGUCUCCAGAGCAGUUUCAAACUGUUAUUUAUCUUGAUGCAGUUCUUUUGAUUUUUAUUAAAGUGUUUUAUCAGUUCUCUAAAAACAUUAAACU